GCGUAUGCUGACUAUUCAAAUCAGUAAAUCUACCAAGAUAAACAUCAUGUAUUGUAUAUUUUUCGAGAUAUUACGGGAAUAGAGUAUUAAUGACUCGUCGUCCGGGUGUGCUAACAUUCAUUUGGCGUAAUUUUUUGGAUUCGUUUGAUCGGAAACGAUUCCAGAAAACUUUUGUUGGCAGUGAUGAAGAAGGCAACAGAUACUACGAAUUAACCAAAUCCAAAAGAAUUGUUAACAGAGGUUUCAUACCGGCAGUCAAUUCAUCCGAAGUACCAUCACCAGAAUGGCUAACAUGGCUACGAGGGUUACGGAAAUUACCACCGACACAAGAAGAAAUUUUAGCGAAUCGACAAACAAGUGAAGAGAUGGCAGAGAAGGUGGAGAAAUUAGAACGGAAUAGGAGGAGCGAAAUUCCGGCUAGUGAAUCGAAAAAGAUGCCUUACAUAGAAUCGACAACGAUAUCCGACGAUUUCGAUUCACAACCGAGAAGUUUUCCACGUUAUGCGGACUAUGAUAAAAAACAGCUGGAAAUGACAUGAUCGUAUUUUUUUUCCUUGAAAUUUUUGUUCGGAAGGCUUGUUUGAGCUAGCUGUUCUAGAAUAUAAAUCUAAAUUAUAAUUUAAGUUAUAAAUGAUUCGCAC